AGUUUUAGGUAGUUGUGUCUGCUGAUGUCAGUCGACGGAAUCCUCGCCAUUUAUGUAUCUUUACUAAUAGGUACUUGGAAUACUGUUUAUGGACUAGGACCGUGUCCUGUUUUCUGUAAAUAAAUAUUUAAUGCCAUUAGGUAGCAAAUUAUUUUAUGUAUUUGGUAACGAUGGUUAGCCUGAGUAACUAGCCCGAGAGAGUUAAACUAGUUUAACCAGAUGUUUAGCAACUGAAACUAUAACCUAUGAAGUGUGAUUACUGUACAAGGGCGUUUUCUAGUUACUACUGCAUCGUGACACUGUGAAGAAAUGGCAGAGUUCAUGUCGCGAUUGAACAUGUUUAAAUUCGGGUGGCAGGCUCUGAAAUUCAGCAGAACGGCGCAAAUACGGCGCUACAGCAAUCCUUCCCAAUGCAGUCACAGUUCUUUUGGUCUGCUUUUCGACAUUGAUGGGGUCCUGGUCCGUGGAAGAACCCCCAUUCCAGCAGCCAAGCAGUGCUUUAGGAAUCUGGUGGAUGGAAAUGGAAAAUAUAAAGUCCCGGUGGUCUUCGUUACCAACGCAGGGAACUCUAUGCGGCAGACAAAAGCAGAGCAGCUAUCUCAUCUUCUAGAAGUAGAGGUGUCACCAGAUCAGGUUGUGUUGUCUCACAGUCCUUUACGGGUCUUCAGUCAGUUCCAUAAGAUGUGUGUGUUAGUGUCUGGACAGGGGCCGGUUGUGGAAGUUGCACAGAAUUUAGGCUUUCAGAAUGUUGUCACUAUUGAUAUGCUACGAGAGGCGUACCCUCUACUGGAUAUGGUGGAUCACAAUCGCAGACCCAAAGAUGUGGUUCCUCCAUCCAAGGACCUCCAACCAAUUGAAGCUGUCAUUCUCUUUGGAGAGCCAAUCAGGUGGGAGACCAACCUUCAGCUGAUUGUGGAUGUUCUCCUGACCAAUGGGAAGCCAGGAAAUCCCGUGACAUCACUGCAUUACCCACAUAUCCCUGUGCUGGCCUGCAACAUGGACCUGUUAUGGAUGGCAGAAGCAAAGAGUGCUCGAUUCGGUCAUGGAAUGUUCCUGUUGUGUUUGGAGAGCAUCUAUAAGAAGAUCACAGGUUAUGAUCUGCAGUAUGAUGCUCUGAUUGGGAAGCCCAGUGUGGUGACCUAUAACUACGCAGAGCUGCUGAUCAGACAGCAGGCAGAGAAGCUAGGCUGGACAGAACCUGUCCAAAGACUGUAUGCCAUUGGGGAUAACCCCAUGGCUGACAUCUAUGGUGCAAACCUCUAUAACCGCUACUUGCAGUCCGUGCACCACGCCAGGACUCGGGUACAUGCACAAGGUGGCUCAGCCAGUCACGUAGCAGGUGAUUUCCACUAUGAAACCAUUGAUGAUGCAAAAAAUUCAGGCAAGGUGAUGGUCGGGGGCUCAUACGAGCACCGUCUACCUGAGAGCUGCAGCUCCAUCCUGGUGUGCACAGGUGUCUACAACAGAGAGCAGCAGGAGCUUGCCCCCGAGCAAACAGUCACAGAGCAGCACAUCUUCCAUGGGCACCGAGAUUUCCGCUUCGAUCCAACCCUGACCCAGCCUUCUUUUGUAGUUCAAGAUGUACUCGAGGCUGUGGGGCUUGUCUUCCAACAAGAGGGCUCUAGUCUGGAAUAAUCCAGAGGCUUCUCAGGCUAGCACAAAUACAUAGACAAUUUUAAGAACAAAACUGAACACCUCACACACUGGAAACCCUGCACAUAAAGAAAUGCAGUGCACCUCCAGGUCAGUAACGUAUACUGUAAUGCAAGACCCUGAAAAUGACUGACUAACAGUAGCUAGGAUUAGGAUUUGUAGAAAUUACAGAUAGAAAGUGAAGUGUUUUUAUUGGCAAUAUAUUAAUAAAACCAUAUUUUAGUUGGAGAAGUUCUACUUAUAGUGUGUUUUAAAUUAGACAUCAUAUUUACCAUAUUUAAGUAAAGCCAUGAUGGUUGUAAGCGUUGUAAUAAUUUCCCUAUAAAACAUCAUUUUAUUGUUGGAUGUAAAAUGUUUUGUUAGUAUGCUGGCAUGAAAACCUCCAUGUUAUUUUAGGAUGUUUGAAAAAAGUUUGAAUCAUAUUUUGCCACGUGCUGUUUUAAAACGAGUUGUUUUUGUUUUUAUGCAAAAUAAAAAUAAGACUUUCGAGGA